CAUACGAGAGUCCAGUCCACGCGUCGAAAAGUAGGUUAAGCAGGGUAGACAGAGUGAAAGGCAGUCCGAACGAAAAAGGGGAGGUAGAGUAUUUGGGACCUUGCUUGCAAGCUAAACCAUCGUGGGAGAGUUUUGUAAAAAGUUACCGAAAUAGUGCAUCGAGACAAACAGGACACAAUUCAACUUGAACAGUCGAUUUGCUUUGUAUUUGAUUCACCAUUGCAAGACUUUGUCGAACGAUAAGGAAACACUCGCGGAUUUUUGCCUUGUUUAAUAUAUAUAUAUAUUAAAAAAAUCUAGUUCGUCAGGCUAAAUACGUUUUAUUUUACGUGCCAGCAAAUGCUUGUCUUUCAACAGUUGGACAUAUAUUUUUAUUCUGUUACACACCACAUGAAGUCCAAUUCAUUGAUCCAGAAACGAUAAUAUUCAACAUGAGAGCUCAAAUAGAAGUAAUACCCUGCAAGAUCUGUGGGGACAAGUCCUCAGGAAUCCACUAUGGAGUUAUUACCUGUGAAGGCUGCAAGGGGUUCUUCCGCCGCAGCCAGCAGAACAAUGCCAUGUACUCGUGUUCCCGCCAGAGGAACUGUCUUAUUGACCGAACCAGCCGCAACCGCUGCCAACACUGCAGACUGCAGAAGUGUCUGGUGUUAGGCAUGAGCCGGGACGCGGUGAAGUUUGGCCGUAUGUCUAAGAAGCAGCGCGACAGCCUGUACGCUGAGGUCCAGAAGCACCAGAAGAACCAGGAGUGUCUGAACCAGGGUCUGCCACUGUCCAGGGAAGACGUGGCUGGGGGAGAAAGCAAGGGGGACAGGCACGGGGAGCUCAGUCGCUCCUACAGCAGCGGGGGCUCCAGCUCCACCCUGAGUGACCUGGAUGACAUCGCAGCGCUCCCCAAACUGUUUGACCUCCCCUUGACCCCACAGGAGGCCCACGAGUACUGCAGCCUGGACCUGCAAGAAGACCACGGCGGAAGCACUGGGAACACCUCCAAUUCUUCAUCACCAUCAUCAUCCUCGCCCAUUUCGUCCAAUCAGAAUUCUCCCCAGCAAAAUCUACUGGAUGUCACCGACGCCAAUGGGAUCAAACACGAGUACCAGAUGUUGUCGCACACACACGUGCUCCUGGCACACACACACGCCACACUGCUAGAGACACUGCCUGAUGACUGCACUCUAAUGGAUAUAGAGCGUAUCACCCAGAGUGUGGUCAAGUCCCACUUGGAGACGAGUCAGUACAGCUCUGACGAACUGAAGAGGCUGACAUACAAUCGGAUGCAGUACUCACCUGAGGAGACUCGCAACUUCCAGUGCGAGUCUGCAGAGUCUGUGUGGCAGCAAUGUGCCCACCACAUCACCAAUUCCAUCCAGUACGUGGUGGAGUUUGCCAAACGCAUUACAGGCUUCAUGGACCUGUGUCAGAAUGACCAGAUCAUUCUGCUCAAAGCAGGCUGUCUGGAGGUGCUGUUGAUUAGGAUGUGCAGGGCAUUUAACGCCACCACCAACACCAUGUUCUUUAAUGGCAAAUUUGCCUCUGCUCAGCUCUUCAAAGCCCUCGGUUGCGAUGACCUGGUCAGUGCCGUGUUUGACCUGGCUAAAGGGCUCUCCCGCCUGCAUCUGACCGAUGAGGAGAUGGCUCUGUUCAGUGCCGCUUGCUUGCUGUCCCCAGACCGACCAUGGUUAACCGACAGCCAGAAGGUCCAGAAGCUACAGGCGAAGGUCUACCUGGCUCUGCAACACAGUCUGCACACGAGCGGGGCUGCCGACGAGAAGCUAGACCAGAUGGUAUCCAAGUUGCCGAUAAUGAAGUCCAUCUGUAAUCUCCACAUCGACAAGCUGGAGUUCUUUCGUCUGGUCCACCCCGAGACCGCAUACAGCUUCCCACCACUCUACCGGGAAGUGUUCGGGAGUGAGAUUUCUCUCCCCGACUCUACAAACAACUCCUAGAGAGAACGAUGGAGUGAAUGUGUUAGAGAGAAAUAAGUAUGGAGGUAGGGAAGUGAAAGGAGAGAAUGAAUAAGUGAGGGAUAUAAAUAGUGACCUCAGAAAUAACCAGCUGUUAACGAGACAAUCCAGGACUUAAAAUACUCAGUCUCCUAGCAUCCUGUUGUGUUAGUCCACCACUAUCCCAGCAGGCCAUACAUCUUACACUACAGACUUCACCUUCAUGGUCCUUUUGUACCGUAGCACUUUGGACAAACUAAUGGGCGAUAUGUAUAUUCUACAGUAUGCACAUAGAUCAUUUAGCAUUAGAACAUAUUUUUUCAAUGCUACCCAACCCUGUCAUGAAUGUACCUCACUGACAAGCACCAAUGCACCAGCUAGAGCCCCACACUAAAUGUAAAUACUAACACCCUGCUUCAGUUCGACUGUUCAAUUUAGAAUCGUUGUAAUUCUUUGGUUCUACUCAACAUACCCAGGGUUCAUUCAUUUGUAGUCCCACAGACACUUCUUGGCGGUACCAUAUACAAUUGAAGUCGGAAGUUUAUAUACACUUAGGUUGGAGUCAUUAAAACUCGUUUUUCAACCACUCCACAAAAUACUUGAAAACAAACUAUAGUUUUGGCAAGUCGGUUAGGACAUCUACUUUGUGCAUGACACAAGUAAUUUUUCCAACAAUUGUUUACAGACAGAUUAUUUCACUGUAUCACAAUUCCAGUGGGUCAGAAGUUUACAUACACUAUACUAUGUUGACUGUGCCUUUAAACAGCUUGGAAAAUUCAAGAAAAUGAUAUCAUGGCUUUAUAAGCUUCGGAUAGGCUAAUUGACAUCAUUUGAGUCAAUUGGAGGUGUACCUGUGGAUGUAUUUAAAGGCCUACCUUCAAACUCAGUGCCUCUUUGCUUGACAUCAUGGGAAAAUCAAAAGAAAUCAGCCAAGACCUCAAAAAAAAACUGUGGACCUCCAGAAGUCUGGUUCAUUUUUGGGAUCAAUUUCCAAAUGCCUGAAGGUACCACAUUCAUCUGUACAAACAAUAGUAUGCAAGUAUAAACACCAUGGGACCACGCAGCCGUCAUACUGUUCAGGAAGAAGACACGGUCUGUCUCCUAGAGAUGAACGUACUUUGGUGCGAAAAGUGCAAACCAAUCCCAGAACAACAACAAAGGACCUUGUGAAGAUGCUGGAGGAAACGGGUACAAAAGUGUCUAUAUCAACAGUAAAAUGAGUCCUAUAUCGACAUAACCUGAAAGGCUGCUCAGCAAGGAAGAAGCCACUGCUCCAAAACUGCCAUAAAAAAAGCCAGACUACGGUUUGUAACUGCACAUUGAGACAAAGAUAGUACUUUUUGGAGAAAUGUCCUCUGGUCUGAUGAAACAAAAAAAGAACGGAUUGGCCAUAAUGACCAUCGUUAUGUUUGGAGGAAAAAGGGGGAGGCUUGCAAGCCGAAGAACACCAUCCCAAACGUGAAGCACUGGGGUGGCAGCAUCAUGUUAUGGGGGUGCUUUGCUGCAGGAGGGACUGGUGCACUUCACAAAAUAGAUGGCAUCAUGAGGCAAGAAAAGUAUGUGUAUAUAUUGAAGAAACAUCUCAAGACAUCAGUCUUGAAGUUAAAGCUUGGUUGCAAAUGGGUCUUCCAAAUGGACAAUGACCCCAAGCAUACUUCCAAAGUUGUGGCAAAAUGGCUAAGGACAACAAAGUCAAGGUAUUGGAGUGGCCAUCACAAAGCCCUGACUUCAAUCCUAUAGAAAAUGUGUAGGCAGAACUGAAAAAGUGUGUGUGAGCAAGGUGGCCUACAAACCUGACUCGGUUACACCAGCUCUGUCAGGAGGAAUGGGCCAAAAUUCAUCCAACUUAUUGUGUGAAGCUUGUGGAAGGCUACUCAAAAUGCUUGACCCAAGUUAAACAAUUUAAAGGCAAUUCUACCAAAUACUAAUUGAGUGCAUGUAAACUUCUGACCCACUGGGAAUGUGAUGAAAGAAAUAAAAGCUGAAAUAAAUCAUUCUCUCAUCUAUUAUUCUGACAUUUCACAUUCUUAAAAUAAAGUGGUGAUCCUAACUGACCUAAGACAGGGAAUUUUUACUAGGAUUAAAUGUCAGGAAUUGUGAAAAACUGAGUUUAAAUGUAUUUGGCUAAGGUGUAUAUAAACUUCCGACUUCAACUGCAUGUAGGCUACAUAUACAGUACCAGUCAAAAGUUUGGACACACCUACUCAUUCAAGGUUUUCUUUAUUUGUACUAUUUUCUACAUUGUGAAAUUUACAUUUACAUUUACAUUUAAGUCAUUUAGCAGACGCUCUUAUCCAGAGCGACUUACAAAUUGGUGCGUUCACCUUAAGACAUCCAGUGGAACAGCCACUUUACAAUAGUGCAUCUAAAUCUUUUAAGGGGGGGUGAGAAGGAUUACUUUAUCCUAUCCUAGGUAUUCCUGAAAGAGGUGGGGUUUCAGGUGUCUCCGGAAGGUGGUGAUUGACUCCGCUGUCCUGGCAUCGUGAGGGAGUUUGUUCCACCAUUGGGGGGCCAGAGCAGCGAACAGUUUUGACUGGGCUGCGCGGGAACUGUACUUCCUCAGUGGUAGGGAGGCGAGCAGGCCAGAGGUGGAUGAACGCAGUGCCCUUGUUUGGGUGUAGGGCCUGAUCAGAGC